AUGGCUUCGCCCGGCUCACCCAGACUAGUCGACUCAUUUACCGCGCCGAGGGAGGUUUUGCAGGAAUUCGCAGACCUCGCCGAGGAAGAAAACGUCGACCCUUUUGCCGAGACGGCCUCGAAGCGGCAGAUUGCUUCAAGGCAGUCAGACUACCACAACCGCCGCUUCAAACGCCAGGCCCACGAGGGCGAUGAUGCUUUCAAAGCUGUGGAGGAGGGAAAGGACGUCGAGGGCGGGUAUAAGGAUGCAAUGAGGCUGCAGAGGCUCGAGAAGGAGGAGGAGCGAGUUCGGAGGGCUAUCGAGGAAAGGGAGAGGCAGGCGCGGGAUGAGGACAAGGUGAAGAUGGACCUGGACAAGACGCCGCCCAGGGCGGAAAUCGAGGCUGCUGCCAAGGAGCUUGCGGGGACGAAGCGCAAGCGGCGCUGGGAUGAGCCUGCGGAGGACAAGGAGAACAAGGAGGUCAAGGGCGGUGAGUGGUCCAAGGAAGCUCUGGAGGACGCUGCUCCUAAAAAGCGUCGUUCACGCUGGGACGCGACCCCCGCCGACGUCAACGCCGUCGGGGAGACACCGAAGAGAUCCCGCUGGGACCAGACACCCGCGUCCUCCGGCCAAGAUGUGCCAAUGACGCCUAUUAUCAUGAAUGCGCCCGGGUUCAUGCAAGAAGACAAGCAUAAUCGCUAUCUGACGGACGAAGAGCUCGACGCAAUUCUCCCCGCGACUGGAUAUGCAAUCGUCACACCGCCUCCUGGAUACGCGCCUCUAGUUCGUCCCCCAAAGUUUGCAACACCUGUCACAGAGGUCGGUGGUUUCCAGAUUCAGGAGAGCUCAGAUGCUGCCGCCGUUGCUGCUGCAGCAGGUCUCGCGCCGGAACUCCCCACGGAGAUUCCGGGCGUCGGCAGUCUUGCGUUCUUCAAGGCGGAGGACGCACAGUACUUUGCCAAGAUUUUGAAGGAGGAGGACGAGACGGAGCUCUCGGUUGAGGAGAUGAAGGAGCGCAAGAUCAUGCGACUCCUUCUUAAAAUUAAGAACGGUACGCCUCCCGUUCGCAAAACUGCCCUCCGACAGAUUACCGACAAAGCUCGUGAAUUUGGGGCUGGGCCUUUGUUCGACAAGAUUUUGCCUCUGCUCAUGGAACGCACGCUCGAGGACCAAGAACGCCACUUACUCGUCAAAGUCAUCGACCGUGUCCUGUACAAGCUCGAUGAUCUCGUACGUCCUUACGUCCACAAAAUUCUCGUCGUCAUUGAGCCCCUCCUAAUCGACGAAGACUACUACGCUCGUGUCGAGGGUCGGGAGAUCAUCUCCAACUUGUCAAAGGCUGCCGGUCUCGCUCACAUGAUUUCCACAAUGCGACCUGAUAUCGACCAUGCUGACGAGUAUGUGCGUAACACGACGGCUCGCGCGUUCUCGGUUGUCGCUUCGGCUCUCGGCAUCCCAUCUUUGCUCCCCUUCUUGAAGGCUGUGUGUAGGAGCAAGAAGUCCUGGCAGGCUCGUCAUACAGGUAUCCGGAUCGUCCAGCAAAUUGCGAUUAUGAUGGGUUGCGCCGUGUUACCUCACUUGCGCAAUUUAGUCGACUGUAUCGCUCACGGUUUGCAAGACGAACAACAGAAGGUGAGGACAAUGACUGCCCUAGGUCUGGCAGCAUUGGCCGAAGCCGCGGCGCCGUACGGUAUUGAAUCGUUCGACAACGUCCUCAAGCCUCUGUGGGUCGGUAUCCGUGUGCACCGAGGCAAAAGCUUGGCAGCUUUCCUGAAGGCUAUCGGUUUCAUUCUGCCGCUGAUGGAUCCCGAGUAUGUGUCCUACUAUAUCAAGGAGGUCACCAUCAUCCUUAUUCGCGAAUUCCAAACGUCCGACGAGGAGAUGAAGAAGAUUGUUCUGAAGGUCGUCCAGCAGUGUGCGGCUACGGAAGGUGUCACACCUCAGUACAUCAAGCACGACAUCUUGCCCGAUUUCUUCAAAGCAUUCUGGGUCCGUCGGAUGGCGCUUGACCGGAGAAAUUAUCGCCAAGUAGUGGAGACGACGGUCGAGUUGGCGCAGAAGUCGGGCGUAGCCGAGAUUGUCGGCAGGAUCGUCAACGAGCUCAAGGACGAGGCUGAGCCGUACCGUAAGAUGGUCAUGGAGACGAUCACGAAAGUCGUGGCUUCUCUGGGAGCGUCGGACAUUGAUGAGCGGUUGGAAGUCAGGUUGGUUGACGGUAUCAUCUAUUCUUUCCAAGAGCAGACAACCGAAGACCAGGUAAUGCUGGAUGGGUUCGGAACCGUUGUCAAUGCGUUGGGCAUCCGCGUCAAGCCUUACUUGACUCAAAUUGUGUCUACUAUCCUGUGGCGUUUGAACAACAAGAGCGCCAAGGUUCGUCAACAAGCAGCCGACCUUACCACGCGUCUCGCGGUUGUUAUCAAGCAGUGUGGUGAAGAUCAACUCCUCAGCAAGCUCGGACUGGUCCUAUUUGAACAGCUUGGAGAAGAAUACCCCGAUACUUUAGGCAGUAUCAUCGCUGCAGAAGGUGCCAUCGCGAACGUGGUCGGUAUGACCCAGAUGAACCCUCCGGUGAAAGAUCUUCUUCCUCGCAUGACCCCUAUCCUUCGUAACCGGCACGAGAAGGUGCAAGAGGCUACAAUUAACUUGAUUGGCCGUAUCGCUGAUCGUGGCGCUGAAUUUGUGCCUGCGAGGGAAUGGAUGCGUAUCUGUUUCGAGUUGCUCGAUCUGUUGAAGGCCCACAAGAAGGGUAUCCGUCGUGCUGCUGUCAACUCAUUCGGUUAUAUCGCGAAGAGUCUGGGUCCUCAAGAUGUUUUGCAAGUGCUGCUUACAAACUUGCGUGUCCAAGAGCGUCAGAGCCGAGUAUGUAGUACGGUGGCCAUUGCUAUUGUGGCAGAAACUUGCGGCCCUUUCACUUGCAUUCCGGCUAUCUUAAACGAGUACCGUACGGCAGAGUUGAAUGUUCGGACAGGAUGCUUGAAGGCCCUGUCAUUUGUUUUCGAAUAUGUCGGACCCCAAUCGGCGUACUAUGCAGAUUCAGUUGUCACAAUGCUGGAGGAUGCAUUGACUGAUCGCGAUCUCGUGCAUCGUCAAACGGCAAGCACCAUCGUCAAACAUCUCGCGCUCGGCGUUGCCGGCCUUGGAUGCGAAGAUUCCAUGCUUCACUUGAUGAAUCUCGUCUGGCCGAACUGCUUCGAGACAUCUCCUCAUGUCAUCGGCGCCGUUAUGGAGGCAAUUGAAGCGAUGCGUGUAACGCUUGGGCCUGGUGUUCUGCUCAGCUACGUGUUACAAGGACUGUUCCAUCCCGCGCGGAAGGUCAGGGAGGUGUACUGGCGUAUUUAUAAUUCUCUUUAUCUCGGGGCGGCUGACGCACUCGUACCAUUCUUCCCCGAUUUGGGAGAGCUCAGCGAGGGCCAAAAUGUGUAUGACCGGCACCCUUUGCAGAUGUUUGUUUAG